GUCUAUUCCUGGAGCUACAUGUCGCAAGUAGUAGGUCUGGGAGGUAGACUUGUCGCAUCUCCAUUCAGGCCUUUACGCCGCUGAUGCCUGCCAGUGUUCCUGGAGACUGCAAUUUACUGCGAUCUCUCAGUGUCAGUGCGCAGACUCUCAGGCUUAUCGGCCCAACCUGACUCACUAGCGGCCCGGGUCGAUUCAUUCACAUUGCGACUCCUCCGUCAUGCCAGUGCUGUGCUCUACGCUCUGUUCUCAUCUACUUUUCUCCCCAGGAUGCGCUGGGCAACAAGGCUUGCCAUCUUGAGUCUCGCACUGAUAGUUGAUGCAUUGGUAGUCAAUGCAUCUCAACAGCAGCUUCUCACAGUACCCGCUAGCGUGGACCAGUCAUGGUCAUCCCGACCAUGGGACGAGCGGCCGAACGAGGAUGCGACGGGCAACCUCAUCUUCCAGUCCUUGGCUGGUCUAAUGCAGAUGAAGGCGAACUCGAAGCACCCGCGAGGGCAUGCCAUCGUCCGCACAACCAUCCCUCUGGGCACGCUGCUCUACCACGGCCGGCCAAAGACAGAGUCCCCCGCCCAGGAUUGGAUCGCCUUCGACCCUGAGCACUCGAUCAUCUUCGCGAGAGGCCCGAAUGGCACCCUGUUCACCUUCAAGACUACGCGCGAACUCACGCUUCUUUACUUUGACGGGUGCAGCGCCAACAAAGUCGAGGGCGUUGUCGAUACGCAGGACUUACUCUUCUUCGGCGAGCUCAAGCACAAGCAUCAGGGCUGGUGGGGUGAGCUAGAGCGUAUCAAGGACGGAUGCGCGUGGGGGAAGCAGUAUGGAGUUGAUGGAUUCAUCAGGAUGGAAUUCGACUUCGAAAUCAUGUAUUGUGACUUCUCAGACGGUCUGGAGCUCGUCUCCGCUGUGCCAGCGAUCAGCGGUUACUUAAACCUUCCUCAUCCUCCGGGAAAACCAGACUACGUUGCUCCUCCCGAAACGGAGCCUCGGAAUUCUAGCUACGACUCCUCCAGACAUAAUAGCUCAGAUCCAGAAGCCACUUUCCAUGGCCUACGCAGAACAGAAUACCAAGAUGACAGUCUAGAAGCACCCGACAGCCUGGGUCUGGCGGGCCUCCCUCCGCUAAUCCCGCCUCCUGGCUGGAAAGGUACCCUACCCUUCACCGGCUGGGAAGCCAAACGCGCCGGGACGUGGCACAACAACUUCCCCGGCGAGUUGCGCGCGCACCCCGACCCCUCCACGCUCAUCACCUUCUUCGACCCAUCCCUAACCUCGCUUGUCGAGGCGCGGCGCUCCUUGACGCGAAACGAGUACAAUGCCGGGAAUGCCUCUCGCGAGGACGUCGCCCGCGUGCGCGCAGACGUCGCUGAGAUGGCCGCGCGUGAACCAGGAGCCAGAAGCGGUGUGGACUGGGUAGACCUCGCGCGCGUCAUCGAGGACAGGUUCGCGGAUAGGCUGCCGUAUCUGCAGUACCUGCUGCACCAGUCGGUGGUGAACGCGUCGGCGCAGGCGGCUGCGGUGCGCAAGCAGCUCAUUGUGUCGCUCGUCCCGUACAUGCACCGCGGCGCCAUCGGCACGCUGGAAUGGUUCGCGGACAUCGCGCACGGGUGCGCGGCGCGGUUCACGGAAAGCUUGCCUGUGUCGAAGUUUACAAAGCAGGAGUAUUUGCUGUACCGCGCUGUGGAGGAGGUGCUCCACGAGAUCUGCAGAGUAUAUAUUGGGGCGUGGGUGGAUGCGUUUGACGUGGAGGCCAAGGACGCGGAGGUCGCAGCGCGCUUGCUAGGGAAGUGGAGCGGCGAGUUCGACGCGUUGACCGAGUGGUUGGAUUGGCCUGUGUGGAUACAGUGUCAUCCCGCUUGCGGAGUGAAUGAGUAUUGUUAUGUACCGCAGGGUACACCCUGGAACCAUAUGGAUGACCACGAGCCGCGGUGUCUACCAUUAGAGGACGAGAGAUUUUGAUGUUCAUUUGCUAAUUUGCGGUCGCUCCGUUAGGAAGAUCGCUGCGCGUUAUUAAGUUACUUACUAUAGUACUGUCCGUUGAGUGCUCGAAGGACUACACUGGGUUGAAUGAGAGCAGCGGCGCGUGCGCUGUGCGCAAACCAGAUGCGAAGGACUUGACACCGAGGUAUUAGGCACGUCCAACCAACUUCUCCUGCAAGACGAUAGCAGUAUGAAGAUGCGACACGGGUGAUCCUUUCAUCUGUCCAAACUACGUGUAUGUAUAGUCUCAGGCUUGAUCCGAAUUGUAUCGUGAUACCAGUAGCCCGG